AUGUUCGUAGAGAUGUUUCAGCUUCUAUUCGUGAUCGUGUCAGUCGAAGCCGCUCUAAUUUUAACACUCGGGUUCGGGACUCCAGCGAGAAGAGUAGUGGUGAGGUUGCUAGACCUGUUGAAGAAAGGUAGAGGACCACUGGUUGCAAAAACGGUUGCAGCCACUAUGCUUGUGUUGUUUGGUUCGGUUCUGUUCAGCACGAUUCAGAUCAACAAACGGGUCUAUGAGUCUGGUGGUGUAGCUAACUCGACUGAUCAAGUCAUGUUUGCGAAUCGCCUCCUAGAAGCUUUCCUCAUGGCAACUGUCUUGUUCCUGGCAAUGGUUACUGACAGAAUGCAUUACUACACAAGAGAGCUUCAAACAACAAGAAGAAACUUGGAGAUUGCAGUAAAGAAGAACAAGCCAAAUUGA